AAAAGAGACUCUUACAUUAUUUUCUCUCUCUUGCUUUGUUUCUUUGAAAGCGAAAAAUGAAGUUUCCGUCCAACACAUUUCACACGUGCCCAUGAAUUCAUCGUUACCCAGUUCCUUCUAAUCUCUUGCUAUCCUCUCUCUUUCCUUCAUUGCAAUCACAAAAAGGAAUCUAUUUUUGUGGAUAAUAGCUUCAUAAUAAGGUAGGUGUGUGUUAUGGAUCAUAGGUUCAAUCUCAACAGUCCUUCAUAAAAAGUUCUCAAAGUAGAUUAAUGGCUAAUUUUUCUGAGCCAUCAUCAUCUUUGAGCUUUACUUCAUCUUCUCAUGUAUCAAAUGGCUCAAUUAGUCAAAAUAUAUCCACCUUCUCAAUCUCUGAGGCAAGGCCUAGCCUUGAGGUGAUUAGUUUAAACAAGCUUAGCUCCAAUUUGGAGCAGCUCUUGAUUGAUUCCAGUUGUGGUUAUAGUGAUGCUGAAAUUAUUGUUGAGGGAAUCUCUGUUGGCAUUCAUCGGUGUAUUCUGGCUGCUAGAAGCAGGUUUUUCAAUGAGUUAUUUAAGCAAGAAAAGGGAUCUUUAGGCAAGGAAGGGAAACCAAAGUAUUGCAUGAGCGAUCUAUUACCUUAUGGAAAGGUUGGAUAUGAAGCGUUGCUGGUUUUCUUGAACUACUUGUAUACUGGGAAACUUAAGCCAUCUCCAAUGGAGGUAUCAACUUGUGUUGAUAAUUUAUGUGCUCAUGAUGCCUGUGGGCCUGCAAUUAAUUUUGCAGUGGAAUUGUUGUAUGCCUCGUCCAUAUUUCAAGUACCAGAGCUGGUUUCACUUUUCCAGAGACGCCUUGUUAACUUUGUUGAUAAGGCUUAUGUGGAGGAUGUAAUCCCUAUACUUCUGGUUGCCUACCACUGUCAAUUGAAUCAACUUGUUGCUCAAUGUGUGGAUAGAAUAGCACGGUCGGAUCUUGAUAACAUCUCAAUAGAGAAGGAGCUUCCCUAUGAAGUUUCAGAGAACAUUAAAUUGUUUCGCAAAAGGCCAGUGUCUGAUGAUGAAGAGAAUGCUGAGGCUGUGGACCCCUUGCAUGAAAAGAGAAUUAGGAGAAUACACAAGGCAUUAGACUCGGAUGAUGUUGAGCUUGUAAAACUUCUCCUGACAGAAUCCGAUGUAACACUGGAUGAUGCUAAUGCUCUUCAUUAUGCUGCUGCAUACUGUGACCCCAAGGUUGUGUCUGAGGUGCUUGGCCUUGAUCUUGCUAAUGUCAACCUUAAGAAUUCACAGGGUUACACAGUUCUUCACAUCGCGGCAAUGCGAAGAGAACCGGCAGUGAUAGUGUCUCUCUUGGCAAAAGGGGCUAGUGCUUUAGACUCAACAUUGGAUGGGCGAAGUGCUGUUAGCAUCUGUCGAAGGUUGACUAGGCCAAAAGAUUAUGAUGCUAAAACAGAGCAGGGGCAGGAAGCAAAUAAAGACCGCCUAUGCAUUGAUGUUUUAGAGAGGGAAAUGCGGAGGAACCCCAUGGCUGGAGAUGCUUCAAUGACUUCCCAAACAAUGUCUGAUGAUCUGCACAUGAAGCUUCUGUACCUGGAGAACAGAGUGGCAUUUGCACGCUUAUUCUUCCCUAGUGAAGCCAAGGUAGCCAUGCACAUUGCGAAUGCCAAGAAAACAUCUGAGUAUCCUGGCCCUUCUGCAUCAAAAGGUAUGACUGGCAAUUUCAGGGAGGUUGACUUAAAUGAGACACCGAUAAUACAGAAGAAAAGACUUCUUUCUAGGUUGGAAGAACUUAAUAAAACAGUGGAAAUGGGCAGACGGUAUUUCCCUAAUUGCUCCGAAGUGCUUGACAAAUUCAUGGAAGACGACCUUCCUGAUCUGUUUUUUCUUGAAAAGGGCACCCCAGAUGAACAGAGAAUCAAAAGGAUGCGCUUCAUGGAGCUCAAAGAGGAUGUUCAUAGGGCUUUUAACAAGGACAAGGCCGAGCACUCUGUGUUUUCUUCGUCCUCAUCCUCAUCUUCUCUUAAAAGAGGGAGGUUGUAACAGGUUCUGAAAAUUAUAAGAGCAUGUAAAAUAUGUCUCUAAUAAGCCUUGUGACUGAACAUCAGUUUUUGGGAGAGAUGUCUGGCAAGAGUCUUGAAAGCUUUUGGCUCUGCUUGUAUAAUUUGAGUAGGAGAGAAAACAGGGCUCUAUGAGCUAAACUCCAAAUGCUAUGAAGCCAGUGGCAGAUUAUACUUUGAGAAUUCAUGGAAAAUAUUUUUUAGUUA